AUGGAGACAAUCAAAGAGAGCCACAACCAGAAAAAGCUUCUUCACAUCGCCAUGUUCCCAUGGCUAGCCUACGGCCAUCUCAUGCCGUUUCUUCAACUGUCCAAGUUCCUAGCUCAAAAGGGUCAUCGCAUAUCCUUCGUCUCCACCCCUAAAAACCUCCACCGCCUCCCAACCUCCUCAUCCUUAUCCCCACUCAUCAAACUCAUCGAGCUUCCAAUGCCCGUCGUCGACGGCCUUCCGGAGUCGGCGGAGUCCACCUCCGACGUGCCCAUCAACAAAGUCCCGUACCUGAAAAAAGCCUACGACAAGCUCGAGCUCCCUCUCACGCGUUGCCUCGAAGACUUGGAGGUGAACUGGAUCGUCAUCGAUUUCGCGUCCCACUGGCUUCCCCGAGUCGCGACUCGGCUGGGGAUCAACUCGGUUUACUUCACCAUUUUCAAUGCUACCACCAUGGCCUUCGUGGGCCCGCCGUCAGAGAUACUCGGUGGCGAACGCCAGCAGCCUGAGGACUUCACUGUAGUCCCCAAAUGGAUCGACUUCCCUAAUUUCGACGUGGCGUAUAAGCUGCACGAGAUGGUCACACACUGGGAGUGCAUGGAGGAAGAGGUCUCAGAUUUCCAGAGGAUCGCUGCCGGAAUUCAGGGUUGCGACUUUGUGGCCACCAGGACCUGUCCCGAGUUUGAUGCUGACUCGCUGAGUUUGUUGAAUAAAUUGUACGGCAAACCUGUGGUUCCACUCGGGUUGUUGCCGCCGGUGUUAACGGACCCCGACGGUGCUGACGAAUCAGAAGGUGACAAGUGGAGAAGUUUGAGAGAGUGGCUUGAUAACAAGAAAGAGAAGUCGGUGGUUUACAUUGCACUGGGGACCGAGGUCACUCUCAGUCGAGAAGCGAUGCACGAGUUGGCACGCGGGAUAGAGAAAUCCGGGUUGUGUUUUAUUUGGGUGUUGGGCAAUCGUCAAUUUUCCGAAGGACCGGAUAUGAUUCCGGUCUGGUUUGAGACCCGAGUUGGGGACCGGGGUUUAGUGUGGAGGGGUUGGGCUCCACAACUUAGGGUUUUGGCCCACUCGUCGAUCGGGGGUUUCUUGACUCAUUGUGGUUGGAGUUCAGUGAUUGAGGCACUUGAGUUUGGUCGGGUCUUGAUUUUAUUUUCUGGGGCGAGUUCGGACCAAGGGUUGAUUGCGAGACUGAUGCACAACAAGCAAGUUGGGUUGGAAAUACCAAGAGAUGAUCGAGAUGGAUCAUUUAGUAGUGUAGCAGUGGCCGAGUCGAUUAGACGAGUCAUGGUGGACAAAGAAGGGGAGCCACUCAGGGCGAAUGCUUGGGCCAUGAAGGAAGUUUUUGGCAACUUGGAUUUGAACAACAAGUGUCUGGAUGAGUUCAAUCAGUUCCUUGUAACCUGGCCAGCUUCAACAUCUUAA